AUGCUCUACGACGAUAGUCUUCCCGAGGAUCUCGAUGCGGCAUGUUCUGCGGCCCUCAUGGCUGAUGUCGCUUGCGACCGUCUCGUCCCGGCCCUUCGCCAUGACUUCUACUACCCUCCUGCCACGCUGACUCGCAUAUGUACCGCUGGGUGUGCUUCUGCGCUCCAGUCAUGGGAGAGCUCUGUCCGGUCCACCUGUGGCAAAGACCUUGUCAUUCCCGACCUUGACGCAUCCCCCAUCAUGUUGCCAGCUAGCCGCCGGUACAUCUACAACUUCACAUGUCUCAAAGAGAACAAUGUCUUCUGUGGCCCCGUUGCGGCCCUGGCAGCUUUCUUCACGAAUCCUGGAGUUUCCGCCUUCAACUAUAUCAAUGAACUUCCCCAGGGCGCCGUUCAGCCCUCGGAUUGUGACCCGUGUCUUGCAGCCAGACUGCGCGUGCGAUCUGGGUCGCCCUACUUUGACGGCCCCGUAGUGGCCAGCGAGUCUAUGUACCAAACCCUGACGUCCAGCUGCAGCAUCACGGGCAAGCCUGCUACCACGUCUACAAUUGACUAUUUCACCGGCCAGCCGGAGCCCACUGAGUCAGCCUGCGACGGCACCACGUACCAGAUCCAGGGCAGUGAUGAUUGCUACAGCAUCUCCAAGGCACAGAGUGUCGGUACUGCCUGGAUGCUGUCCGACAACCAUCUCGCUGCGUAUUGCUACGAGUUCCCAACUUCGGGUAGUCUCUGCAUCACCAACACAUGCAAGACCGUUACAGUCGAAGUCAACACGACGUGCAAAGCCAUUGCUGCGGCUGCAAAAAUCACAGCGCCACAGCUGUUGGCUUGGAAUCCUGUUAUUAACCCGGUUUGUUCCAACCUCAACAUGAUGAACGGCACCACGCUUUGCAUCGAACCACCCGGACCUAAGCUGCCGCCCGCCCAGACAACAAAUGUUCCUCCAGUAACGCCUACUUCUGCUGCUCCAAUUCCCUCUAAUACUGCCAUUGGAUCUAACAAGCCAUGCGGCCGCUGGUACGAGAUCGAAGCUGGCGACUACUGCAACCUGGUGACUCUCAAGUUUGCCAUUUCUCUCAACGACUUCAUGUUCCUCAACACAGGCAUCAACUCCAACUGCACCAACCUUUUUGCACAGGAGAGCUACUGUAUUCAGGCGGUUGGAGACAUCAACAACUAUCCUGGUCGUCCCGGAUAUGUCUCCAUCACCAUUGACCCCAGCGCAUCCUUUACUGGCAUCCCCUUCACCAUGCUACCCAACGCCACCAUGACCCUGGAUCCAAGACCGACCCAGAUCCCAUUGGCUACCGGUGUCCGCGAUGACUGCGAUUUCUACUUCAAGGGCGAUCAGUAUCAGUAUUCGCCUGACGUGUUCGGGUACUGGAAUAGCAACUGCGAGAUCGCAGCAUCCAGCUACAACGUCGACUUUGACAGUUUCGUCGCUUGGAACUCGCUCACUACAAAUGUCACUGACCCGGCAUGCGUGUUCCAGGUUGGCCUACGGUACUGUGGCUCCUGGGGUCCGGAACCCACGCAAGCCACCACCACAGCGCCCGAGCCCACGGAUACCGGGCCCCAGCCACCAGCUGCCACACACGAGGGCCAACCGUCAGACUGUGACGGCUGGCAUGUUGUGUCUGGUAGUGACUCGUGCCGGUCCGUCGCCGACAAUGCUGGAAUCUCCCUUGCGACAUUCCUCGAAUGGAACCCUGCCGUCAGCGCCGACUGUACUGCCAACUUUUGGCUCGGACAGGCGUACUGUACGCACAGGCAGGGCCAGGGCAUCAGCAUCACAAGCUCUGCAUCAAGCACGGCGUCAACGACAGCCAAGCCUACUCCCCCGGCUCCCACACACACCGGCCAACCUGCCGACUGUAACAAGUGGGAUGUCGUGGCAGAAGGUGACAGCUGUGGUUCACUAGCCAGCGACAACGGCAUCUCAGUCGAUCAGUUCUUCGCCUGGAACCCUGCCGUUUCCAAGGACUGCAUCACCAACUUCUGGUUGGGACAAGCAUACUGUGUUGGCAGAUCCGGUAGUGGCUCCGUCGUCACGACGACACCAUCAUCAACGAGAUCCUCUACCCCGUCCCCAACGGCAGCUCCGACCCCUCCUGCGCCGACACACACUGGCCAACCGUCAGACUGCAACAGAUGGGAUGUCGUAGCAGAAGGCGAUAGCUGUGGCUCCCUCGCCAGCGACAACGGCAUUUCAGUCGACCAGUUCUUCGCCUGGAACCCUGCCGUUUCCAAAGACUGUAUCACAAACUUCUGGCUUGGCCAGGCAUACUGCGUCGGCCGAUCUAGCGUCGGCAGUAAUACUCCUACUACCAAGACGACAUCGCAAACAUCGACAGCAAAGCCGACGCCGCCCGCGCCAACGCAUACCGGCCAGCCCGCCAACUGUAACAAGUGGGAUAUUGUACAGACCGGUGAUGAUUGCGCGUCCAUGGCGCGUGACAACGGUAUCACGGUUGAUCAGUUUUCUAGCUGGAACCCUGCUGUCUCGAGGGAUUGCGUGACGAAUUUCUGGCUUGGGCAGGCGUACUGUGUUGGUAUUUCUAGUUAG